AUGUCGAAGCCAACACAUAUCAUCCGCUUUAUUGCGAACGAAGACAACCGGACACACAUUGGCCAGCUUGUGGACACAUCAAGAGAUGUCGGUCUUGACAGCGUCGACGGCAAGGAGAUCAAGGCAUACAAGAUCAACGGCACUAUCUUUGACGGUGAGGUGACGAAGCAAGUGUACACAGUAAAGCAGCUGCUGUCGCCUGUGUCCACGGAGGACUGCAACUAUAUUCGGUGCCUGGGCCUGAAUUACAAGGACCACGCAGCGGAAGGAGGCUUCGACCUACCAAAAGCGCCUAUCCUCUUCACCAAGCCCCGCCAUGCCCUCGCCGACCCCUACCCAGCGGCCAUUGCCGUCCCCAAGGCAGCGCAAGAUGGUACUUCAGACUACGAGGCAGAGCUGUGUCUCGUGAUUGGCAAGACCGGUCGUGACAUCCCAGAAGACAAGGCCCUCGACUACGUCCUGGGCUAUACCUGCAGCAAUGACGUGUCCGCCCGGACGAUGCAGAUGCUCACGACGCAAUGGUCGUUCAGCAAAGGCUUGGAUGGCAGCUGCCCGCUAGGCCCAGUGCUCGUAACGAAGGAGGCAAUUCCUGACCCUCAGACGCUUGGGAUCAAGGCUAUCUACAACGGCGACACCGUGCAGGACGGACAUACGAAGGACAUGAUCUUCGACAUCAAGAAGCAGAUCUCGUAUCUCUCACAAGGCACGACGCUCGAGGCAGGCACCAUCUUCCUUACAGGCACACCAGCAGGUAUUGGCUUCUUCCUCUGGAUUGAGAAGAUCGGCACGCUUGUCAACAAGGUCAAGUACGAUGGUUGGUAG